CACCAAUCAAAAUCCCUAUUAGACAUCGCUAAGUGACUACUCCAAGCCAAAACGGACUUAGUCGAUCAGGGUUCAUCAUUAAAGCAGAAUUUAGAAGUCGAUACCCGAUUAACAUUCUGCAUGCACCUCCCCUACUUACCAUGAGCGAUACGGAACGCGCGGGUCACCAAGAGAAUUUAAUUGUACUCCAUUAUCAUAUUUAGGCUUCUUCACUGUAAGUCAAAAGUGAAAACUGUUUGGGAGACACCGCGGUUUGUCAUUCGACAUCGGCCAUCCAUGGAGGCAAGUGCUUGAGCGGACACAGGGACUUGUGCGAUGGCUUUGAUAAGUUGUGUUGUUGUACUGACGGUGUGCGCGUGCGCAACCGCCAUAGUGGGCCCCGCCGGAAACGGAACUAAAACUGUUCACAAAACGGAUACGUAUUUAGACGCGUACUCGAAAUCUAGGAUCGAUGCUGAAAAAGCGAAGGCUGGUGUUAUUAUUGUGACCCCGAAUGAUGCAGAGAAGAAGACGCCAGUUGAUAAGAAGAUAACGAAUAGAGAAGACACCUACCAGCCGAGUUACGACUAUUCUCCCUCGUACCCAUCUUCAGAUAGCUACAGUGCUUCGGGAUACUCAGCCCCUUCAGCCAACUCCUACCUCCCUCCUAGUUACAACCCUGUCAAAUUCGAAACGCCCACUUACACGGCACCAGCUAACUCUUACGGUCCGCCAGCCCCGACUUACGGGCCACCUGCCAAGAGUUAUGGACCCCCAGCUCAUAGCUACGGACCACCAGCUCACAGCUAUGGUCCCCCGGUCCACAAGCCGUACCCGCCGGCUCCGGUCUACGGACCCCCGGUCUCUCACGGGGUUCCGUACAGCACUGGCUUGGGUUUCCUCGACAAGCUCAAGUUAAAGCUGGAUUUACUGACGAUUGCCAAGCUGUUGCUGAAGCUGUUGAUAUUCAAGAAGCUGGUGACUAUGCUGGCGGUAGUUUGCAUGUUGCUGGUGAUCCCGAAGAUUAUUGAAUUCAAGAAAGGAGGCGAGAAACCGAGCCACGACGAAGAGGGUUAUGAGAGGAAAUUCGGCGAAAAUAGGGAGAUCAAACUCCAAUCAGCGCAUCAACUGCUACAGAGAGCCAUCUCAGUGUAUGGACAGAACCAGCCAGAUUGUGGACUCACGUGCAGGGUGCAAAGAGUCAUCGACGACAUUUACGAAUUUCAACCUUAUUUCAGAUUCGACGGGGCAGAGGAUGCGGAAUCGUAACAGCUUUAGUUUGGCCAGCUAAUCAGUGCCAUUUCAUGAAAGUCUGAAACUUAAAUUAUUUAUUUAAUUAGUAGAUAUAGUAUUUAUUUUUAUGUAUAGGGAAUUUUGUUAGUCAAUAAAUGAAGAUACAUAAUAAAU